AGUCGCCGUUCGCGUCCGGCGGGGCGGGCGUCGAGCUCCGUGAGGCGGCGACGCCUCCGCCGCCGCCGCCGCUUCGUGAGGAGAACCGGAGCGGUUGAGUUUUCCGUACCGAGGAGGAGGAGGAGGAGGAGGACCCUCCCUUUUUUAUUUAUUUUUUUUAAAAAAAAGGGAAUAAGGCGAAUUAUAUAUAUAUAUAUAUAUAUAUAAAUAUAUUAUUGAAAAAGAGGAAAGAGAAAAGGAAGGAGAGGAAAGGGAGAGGCUCGAGCCGGGAUCGAGCAGGCAGGUCGGGCCUGACGGCGGCGACGGGCGGCCGAGGAAGCGCGGAUGGGGGCGUCCGUGGCCGGCGGCUGAUCCCGCCUCCCGCCCUGCGUGUGGGUCGGUCUGAGGGGAGCGAUGUCGAACGCGGGCACCCGGAGGGCCGGCUCCAGCAUCAAAGUCCGCCUCACAGUGCUUUGUGCCAAGAAUCUUGCAAAGAAAGAUUUCUUCAGGCUUCCUGACCCCUUUGCGAAGAUUGUGGUGGAUGGGUCUGGUCAGUGUCAUUCCACCGACACUGUGAAGAACACCUUAGAUCCCAAGUGGAACCAGCAUUAUGAUUUAUACGUUGGAAAAUCAGAUUCUAUCACCAUCAGUGUCUGGAACCAUAAGAAAAUUCACAAAAAACAGGGAGCUGGCUUCCUGGGAUGCGUCCGACUUCUUUCUAACGCCAUCAGCAGGCUAAAAGAUACGGGAUACCAGCGUUUGGAUCUAUGCAAACUAAAUCCCACAGACACUGAUGCAAUCCGAGGCCAGAUAGUUGUCAGCCUGCAGACACGAGAUAGGAUAGGCACAGGAGGGUCUGUGGUAGACUGCAGGGGGCUCUUGGAGAAUGAAGGAACGGUUUAUGAAGACUCGGGACCUGGGAGGCCCCUGAGCUGCUACAUGGAAGAGCCAGCCCCAUAUACAGACAGCACAGGAGCUGCCGGUGGAGGGAACUGCAGGUUCGCGGAAACCCCUGGCCAGGAUCAGACCCUGCAGGUCCAGCGAUUGCGGGGUCCUGAUGUAAGAAGCCAUGUCCAGACACCCCAAAAUAGGCCCCACGGUCAUCAGUCGCCAUCACCAGAUCUGCCUGAAGGCUAUGAGCAAAGGACAACAGUACAGGGACAAGUUUACUUUUUGCAUACACAAACUGGGGUUAGCACCUGGCACGAUCCCAGGAUACCAAGAGACCUUAACAGUGUGAAUUGUGAUGAACUUGGACCUCUGCCUCCGGGCUGGGAGGUUAGAAGUACAGUAUCAGGAAGAAUAUAUUUUGUAGAUCAUAAUAACAGAACCACCCAGUUCACAGACCCAAGACUGCAUCACAUAAUGAACUUUUCAGAAGACCCUCAAAACUAUCUUUUUCAUCCAGGCCCUGGGUACAGUGUGAAUUGUGAUGAACUUGGACCUCUGCCUCCGGGCUGGGAGGAAUCUUACCGUCAAAUAAUGAAGAUGAGGCCGAAAGAUCUGAAGAAGAGGCUGAUGGUGAAAUUUCGGGGGGAGGAAGGCCUAGAUUAUGGUGGAGUGGCAAGGGAAUGGCUGUACCUUCUAUGCCACGAAAUGCUGAAUCCAUAUUACGGGCUUUUCCAAUAUUCAACUGAUAACAUUUACACGCUGCAAAUAAAUCCCGAUUCCUCCAUCAACCCCGACCAUCUGUCUUAUUUCCACUUUGUCGGUCGGAUCAUGGGGCUGGCGGUGUUCCACGGGCAUUACAUCAACGGGGGUUUCACGGUCCCUUUCUACAAACAGCUGCUGGGGAAACCCAUCCAGUUGUCUGACUUGGAGUCGGUGGAUCCAGAGCUACAUAAGAGCUUAGUCUGGAUUUUAGAGAAUGACAUCACUCCAGUUCUGGACCAUACCUUCUGCGUGGAACACAAUGCAUUCGGCAGAAUUCUGCAGCAUGAACUCAAACCGAACGGGAGAAACGUUUCCGUUACAGAGGAGAACAAGAAAGAAUAUGUCAGGCUGUAUGUAAACUGGCGGUUCAUGAGAGGGAUUGAAGCCCAAUUCCUGGCCCUUCAAAAAGGUUUUAAUGAACUGAUUCCUCAACACCUCCUGAAGCCUUUUGACCAUAAGGAACUUGAGCUCAUCAUCGGUGGCCUAGAUAAGAUUGAUCUGAAUGACUGGAAAUCCAACACGCGUCUGAAGCACUGCAUGGCCGACAGCAAUAUCGUCAAGUGGUUCUGGCAGGCGGUGGAGGCCUUCGACGAGGAACGGAGAGCGCGGCUGCUCCAGUUUGUGACGGGCUCCACGCGGGUUCCCCUUCAGGGUUUCAAGGCUUUGCAAGGCGCGGCAGGACCCAGGCUGUUUACUAUCCACUUGAUAGAUGCAAACACAGACAACCUCCCGAAAGCUCAUACUUGCUUUAACCGAAUUGACAUUCCGCCUUACGAGUCCUACGAGAAGCUUUACGAAAAGCUAGUGACCGCCGUGGAAGAGACCUGUGGCUUUGCGGUGGAGUGACCAGGCAACCAAAGGAAACCGAUACUGCUAAAGCUCACGGACCACCAAAUCAAAAAAGCUGUAAGGAGAAGCUUGCUGUGAACUUCUUUUUUUGUCCAAAGUGUUGGGAUUUGCUUGACAACUAGGGGUGCAAAGGCUGUUUUCCCCCUUCCUUCGAUGGCAUCGGCGAAGAGGGAGGCUUUUUAUUUUUGGAGGUCCCCAAACAUACUUUCUCCCUCUUGUGACAAUAACCCUCCCUUUCCUUUCUUCAUUUCCCAGGAAACAACAACGACAAAACAAAACUACACACACACACACACACACACACACACACACACACACACACAAAC